GUAAUGUUAGGCGACCUGGCACGCAAGAAUGCGCAUUUUGUUUGGGGACCGCCCCAAUAAACGCCAAAAGUUUAGUAAAGUUUCCCUUGCGUCUUUGCAUCUUUCACUUUAGGAGUAUAUAUGUCGACUGCGGCACCGGGGCCCGUUCGCGUGAAGUUUGUGGGCCCAGGUGACUCUCCAGUGGACAGGCCGACAGCAGAUGUGGGCGCACAACGGCCAGCCUGGGGGCAGGCGGAGCCGGGAGGUGGGGGCCUGGGUGCGCCGGUCGCCAGCAUUUUGGAGACGGUGCUCUCGGUGUUCAAGGAUUCCAGCAGCUCGGGCAGCAGCGCCUGCAGCAGCAGGAGCAGUUCUUCAAGUAGCUUAGCGCCCGGCGGCCUUCCUACGAUUGCGGGGGCCCCCACAACUUCAGCUCGCGGGGCCGCUGACGGUGCGACGCUCGCCGGCAGCGAAACCGGCACGCGGACGCCGGCCGGAUGGCGAGCCUCGGCGAGCGGCGUCCCGCCGGCUUCCGCCGUCUGCGAGCGAAGCAAGCAGAGCUCUUGUCAGCAGCUAGCCGUGCCCCUGCUAGCCGCCUCAACACUAUCAGCACAGGGGCUGGCACGCGCGUCGCUCCAGCUGGAGACGCCGCUGCUCGCGACCGUAUCGCGGCACUCGCAAGCGGGCGAGCUCGCACGCGGCUCCAAAGGCUCCAUCACCUCACACCAUCAUCACCACCACCAUCACCACCAGAAUGGGGACGCGGAGGCGGGCGGCGGGGCCGCGGCGGACGGGGCGGUGAAGAAGCGAACGUUGAUGGGGCGACUGAGCCCGUGGAUUUGCAUGCCCAACCGGAAAGCCAAGUGGAUCACAUUCAUCCUGUUCUGGGCUGUGGUGGGCGGCGGAUUGGCGUACCUGCUGCUGUGGGGCUUCACCAAGCUGGUGGACGAGGUCAUUGAGCCCACCACGCAGCUGGCGCACGACAACCUCAAGAACUGGCAGUUCGCACUGGUGCUCAGCUGCUGCAUGAUUGUGCUGCCGCUGGCGUUCAUCCCGCCGCUGCCGUUCAUCUGGGUCACCGCCAUGCUGUUCAACAUGUGGGUGGCGUUCGGCAUCGUGCAGGCGGCGGUGACAGUCAGCAUGGCGCUGGGCUACCUGGUGGCGCGGCGCUGGCUGCAGCGGCCCGCGCGGCGCUUCCUGGACCGCUACAAGCACGUCAAGACGGUGCUGGAGGCGGUGGACGCGGCCGGGCCCUUCAGGGUGGCGCUGCUGGUGCGGCUGGGGCCGCUGCCGUUCACGGUGGAGAACUUCGUGAUGGCCGUGCCCACCUCGCUCACCUUCGUGCCCUACAUCGCCGGCUCCAUCGUGGGCCAGCUGCCGGGCAACCUGCUGGCCUGCUACUUCGGCAAGAACCUCAAGGGCCUCAGCGCCAUGAUGAAGGGCGAGAGCACCAGCCCCGGACAGAUCGCCUACAACAUUGGCGGCCUGCUGCUGUCCAUUGGACUGGUGGUGCUGGGCUUCUGGUUCGCGCGGCGGGCCAUGCGCAAGAUCGAGCGCGAGCAGGAGGAGGCGCGCAGGGCUAAAGAGGAGGCAGACAAGGCGGCAGCGGAGGGGGAGGCGGGGGUGGAGGGGACGGAGGUCGCAGCCGAUGGCGCCGGCGGGGGCGAGGCGGGCAAAGAGUUGGGGCCGGACGGAAAGGAGCGGCCGAGCGGCGUCGGCGCCGUGGACGGCCUCGCGGGCGUUGGCUCGGUGGGGCUAACGGAGGUGCGGAGCGGUCGGCUGCAGCAGCAGCCGUCGAUGGCGGAUGCCCCGUCGCUGUACCCCUGGGGCGGCGGCGGUGGUGCGGCUGUGUCGCCGGCUGCGGCUGCGGCUGCCGCCGCCCCAGGCACAAUGUUUCUGUCCACAGGCGGCGGCGGUGGCGGCGGGCAGAGCGCCGCAGCGUCGGGCGCCUCGGCCUGGAGGAGCGCCACCACCUCCUCCGCCGCGACCCACAGCGGCUCCAUCGCCACCAUCACCACCGCCCACCUCACCACCAGCACCUCCGGCCGCCAAACUAGCAGCAGCACCAGCGCCGCUGCCGCCGCCGCGGCGGCGGCGGCGGCCACGCCCGCUGACACGGCGUCUGCGGCGGCGAGCAUGCCAGUGCCAACGUCGGUGGCCAUGGCAGCAGCCGCCGGCGCGUUUAGCGCCGGAAAUGGCCUGUUCGCUAGCGGCUUUGCACCGGCGUCGCCGGGCAGCAACUUGCCAAGCCGGGAGCUGACGUCGCCACUCAACCACCGCCGCGUCUCGGAGCUGCGCAUUAACCGCGGCGCUGCCGCCUCCGGCGGCGGCGGCGGCCGCCAGACGCCGAACAACUCCGCCGGCGGCGCCGCCGCGAGUGCCGGCGGCUUUGGCUCGCUGCCUGGGAGCCCGCGCAUACCGACGCAACGGACGCACUCGGUUGCGAGUGUGGGCGGCGUGUUGCUUGCAAUGGAGGACGGCGAAAUCGACAUCGACUGCGAGGAGCUCGACCCAUUCGGACUGGCAGCCGGCGCGGACCCGGACCAUCCCGGCCACGCGCUCUCGCGCGAAUACACGCAGCGUACCAGCAUUGACAGCGACUUGGGCCACAUGCAGAGCACCGCCAGCAUGAGCGGUAGCGCGCGCAGGCAGCAGGCCUACAGCAUCCGGCAGAAUGCACUAUAUGAUGGUGGGGGCUCCACGGCUGGCUCUGAAGGCGAGGGCGACAACGGCGGUGGUGGUGGUGGCGGUGGCGGUGGCGGCGGUGGUGGGCGAGGCGGCGGCAGCGGCAGCGGACGAGGCCGGGACCAGACGGCGCCGCUGUCGUUGUCGCCUGGCGUGAGCUGCCAGCUGCGCAGCGUUGUUAGCGGCGGCGGCGGUGGCGGCGCAGGCGGCACCGGCGGCGGGGGCUACGAGGCGAGUGGGCUGGCGCGGGGUGGGAGCGUGUCGUCGCUGCUGCAGGUUGCGCCGCGGGUGGCGAGCUCGCGGGACCUGUGUGUGCGACGCGCCGCGCUGGUGGACUGCGAGUACAGCGAACAGCCGGCACCGGCGCCGCCGCCGCGCGGCGGUUCAGGGCUGGAUGGCGGCGGCGUCAGCGGGGUGCGCAGCACUCGCCCCAGCAGCAGCCGGCGGAACAGCGCGCUGCAGAGCGGCAGCGGCUGGUCGGCAGUGGGAGCCGUCGGCAACGCGGCGGUGGCGGCGGCGCAGUAUGAGGAGCUGGUGGUGCCGCCGUCGCCGCUGCGCACCAGCCGCCGCACCGCCUCCGUGGUCGCCGGCGCCGGCGGCCCUGGAGGCGCGCCCCGGCGGCUGUCGUACUGCGGCCGGAUAUCGGAGAGCGGCACGUACGGCGACGCUGCCGCAGCAGCGGCGGCAGGGGCCGCCGCCGCCGCUGCGGCAGCAGCCUCAGCCUCAAACGGCGGAGAGCGCUUCACGCCGGCCAGCGGCUCCGCCGCGCGCGCAAGCAAUGGGGCGACUCAGGAUGUCGGCUUUGCCGGGUUCGGAAGGAGCGUUGGCGGCUGCGGCGGGUCGGCGAGCCCCUUGGGCGUGCCGGACCAGGGCCCGUCGAGCGGCGGGACUUGGAGCCGCCCCGCGGCCGGGGGGCCAGGCGAGCCCACGCAGCAGCAACUGCAGCUGCAGCUCCAGUUGCAGCUGUCUCAGCUGCCGCAGCAGAAGCAGGCGCGCGGCUCGCAUGAGGACUCGCUGCCUGGGACGCCCACGCGGCGGAGCCCGCUGGGGCCGGCGGCGGCGGCGGCGGUGCGUAGCGGCGCGGUCGUGCGGCCCACCGGUGCCUAGGCGGCCGCGCCUUCCUGGUCAACGUGCAGCAAACGGCAUCGUCUAGAACAACGGAACGUGGAAAGCCGAGUAUAGCAAACGGAAUGGUUGUUGUUGGCGAGCGAUAGCGGACUCGCGGCAUAGGCUUCUGCAGGCGCCGGCAUGGCGCUGCGCCUGCGUCGCGGUGCCGCACCCUGGUUGUUGACUUGAUGGGACUUCUUGGACACGGACUAGUACAACUGAGUACAUCUUCCGACACACUGGACAACACUGUACAGCCGCAUUGCCCCAUCCCUUCUUUCACGUUGGUGGCGCUAGGACGGCGGCUGCGCCAGCUGGUAACCCACAUGUUGACUACGGUACCGUAUCAUAGGUAACAAUGCGACAACCGGGGUUGAUGGGAUGUGGGUCCAAAGUCUGCCGUGGCCGCAGGCGCAUCGCAGCGGCAGGGGCGGUGGAAGCGAAGCCUUCUGCAGUAGGGUGCUGUGGGAAUAAGGGCGGGGCGUCGUAGUAUGAGCACAGCGCAAACCAUGCGCGUGACGGACACUUAGCGCGGACCCUUCUGUUGAUGUCCGUGCAGUAAUGCGUAGUGGCUGCACUUUUGGAAGAAUGGAUGUGGUCUUGUAUACAUUGAGGGGUGGUUAAGCGAGCAUGCACAAUGCCUUGGCAUCAAAGUGGAUUUGGUUCAUGGACCUCCUGCGAGUAAGGAGUUGUACGCGCGCGCGUUUGCGGUAGAGGCACUGAUUUGUGGAGGCAUGCGAUUGGCGUCGAAAUGCAGCUCGUGACAUCGGCCGUGCUGACAAACGCAAGGCUUUAGUGAUCCGCUGCAUUCACUCCGCAUUCGGGAUAGGCUUCUGUGACAAUAGUAUGUGUGACCCGCUGUUGUUUGCGAGUACGACUGUACGAGGCAGCGAAGGAACGUAUGCUGUUGUUCAGAGCUGCGAAGGCUGGUGCCCAGGGGCUGAUGUGAUAUGCAAGUACGAGAGCCUACCGUACACGGCAUGUGCACGUGGGUGUUUGUACGUCUUCUUGGGCAAUGCUUCACAGGGGCCCAUGCCAAUUCAUUCACGGCAACCGGCGCACCAAGAAAUGUGUGCGUCUGGCAUCGUUGAGAGGAGUGAGAGGAGUGCAAGCCCCCUCCACGAGAGCCCCCUCCUGGGAGACGGAUGAAGGGGUUCCUGUUGUUUAUGGUGCCGGAGGCAGGGCACCUACUUCAUGUGUGUGUGUGGCUUCUUCUCUCUAUUACGAAUUGCAAGAAAUCCUGGUAUAGUAGGGGGGUGAUGCUUGGUUGUCAUAUAAGUUGCAGUGCCAAGCAAAGGAGGUCUAGGCGAAGGCCAUGAAGCCCAUGAGGGGAGGGGCCAUCGUGAGGCGGGGGUGUGGCGCGAUGGCUCACGUACCGUCACUCGGCGGAUGUUGCAGGUCACCGCUGCUGGCGGAAUGCACACGCGGGAAAGUAAGAGCUUUUAUAC